AUGACUUCCACAGUGAUACUAAUUGUUCCCAUCCACAUAAUAGUGCUGCAGUAUUUAGCGGCAGAAUACACCAAGGAGAAGGCAGUAGCCCACAGUAUUAUGCAGAACUUGUGGGUCUGCUUCCCAUAUAAACCCAGCAAGGUAGUGGGAGAUCCACUAAACCGUAACACUCAGCAUGGACCUCAGAAUCAUUUGGCUCACUUGGAAAAGCUUGAGAAAUACUGCAGAGCUGCAGAAAAGGAGGGAGCAAAACUAGUUUUUGGAGGGAAGCGUUGUGAUCGACCAGGCUAUUUCUUUCAGCCUACCAUCUUUAGUGAUGUUGAAGAUCAUAUGUUUAUUGCCAAUGAGGAAGCCUUUGGCCCUAUUAUGGCUGUUUCUAAGUUUUCAAGCAGUGAUAUGGAUUCCUUAAUUAAGAGAUUGAAUAGCAUAGAGUAUGGCCUGGCAUCAGGCAUAUUUACAAGGGACAUCAAUCGUGCUUUAAACUUUGCUGAGAGGAUUGAGGCUGGAUCAGUCUUCAUCAACACUUACAACAACACUGAUGUGGCUGCUCCCUUUGGUGGCUUCAAACAAUCUGGCUUCGGGAAAGAUCUUGGAGAGGAAGCCUUGAAUGAGUACACAAAAGUCAAGUGUAUUACCGUGGAGUACUAGUAGUACCGGCUGAAAAAAAUUACUAUAAUGAAAUCUCAGAUCAGAAAUUUUAUGGUUUAUCCAUGCAAUUCGGACAGAGUAGGUAUAACAAUUGCCUUGAUUACUGGUUUGAUUCUGAGAAAUGGUUCUGGGCCCACUUUCCUUUCUUUUGUUAUUUAGAUAUUAAUUAAUGAUGCUUUUUAGUAACAGAUACCAGUUUCAAAAUCUAGUUUUAAUAGAGUCUAGUUUUGACCUUCCCUUACAAAAAACAUAAAUUAUGCAAAUGGCAUUAGAAAAAAUAGUAAAAAAAAGUAGUUAAUAAGUAGGCCUAGCUGUAUGAAAUUACUUAAAACUAUGAUUUUCAGAAGAUCUGAAUAAAAUACACUUUAGUUGACCCUCAAUUCUUAACACUCUAAAACAAUGUAUUAAUUCUGUAUUUAUAUUUAGAUUGUUGUUAAGCUUCAUUACAUUGAUAAAUAUUGAUUUAAUAAUAGAUCUUUGGCAAUGUUUAUUAAUAUUAUUUACUGAUAAAAACAAAGUGCCUUUAACACAUUCGCUGCGUCCCAUCAAUGGCAGGCGUAGCCCUGGUGUAUCGAACGAGCCCGAUUGCCGGGCAAUUGGCUUUCAAAUAUUUCGGUCUGUCGAAUAGCAAAUAAUGUGCGCUUAUAUGCUGCGUUACGACUAGAGUCACUAGUUUGCUGAAACACUCACAUAUAGCAGCCCUGCCAGGUUCCACUGUAUUGCCAAUUGGAGGGAGAAAAACGGGACAGGUUGAUUUCUAAGCUUACAGGGAUUUUACAGGGGAAUUCACUACCAACCU